AACGUGCAUGAAAAAUGAUCCGCGGCAGAGGCCAGUCCGGGGAUUGACACAUCACUGACUUAAGCUUCUGCACAGAAGCAUGGCGAACUCUCUAAUCUAUCUGGUCUUGAUUCUGUCUGUGCAUUUCCUAGGGUCCAUUGAAUGUUCUUGUAAAAUGUACACAGAAGGAGCGGAUGGAUACAACGUGGUGCGAGACGACAAAGGAGUAAAGUUAUGUAUAUACGUGGAUCAGGCUGGGAGAAGUGUAGAGGUAAACGUGAAUAGAACUCACCGCCACCCCACAGACUGCGAGGACUGCAAAUGUCAACCGUCAGGGGAUCUCCAUUGUUGUAUGUACGGAGCUAAGGCUGGUAAAACAUCAUAUCCCUCAACCUGUACACUAGUUAAAGUCGGCAACUGUGAUCACAAACUUGUCUUAAAAUCUGACGAAAAAACGCCGUGCAUUCAAGGACCUAUUUAUCCUCCCUCUACAACAAUAUCAGUUAAUGCAGAGACCCGAGUUUCCAAUCAAAGCACUCCCACCAGUUUACAGCGAGAUCCGAAACCUCAAGGAGGGGACGGUGCAGCGGUGUCUCUAAGGUGUUUCCCGCCAUUUUUGUUGCUUUUUGGUGUUCUGUCUGUAAUUUUGUAUUAGUUUUGUAAAACGUCGUCAUGUAAUUAAUAAAUGUCAUUUGUACUCGAUUUUUGCUUUAAACUAAGAUAUUUGUUUUCAGAUAAUGUAUUUGAAUAACGUGUAGAUAUGAUUUUUAUUUUUAAAUUCUCUAACAGUAAAUAUUUUUUAAAAUUCUUUAACACUGAAAUAGUAUGAAUGUUUACGUCUGUUUUUAGGAUAAGACUUUUGAUAUUUGGUGAAAGAAAACAAAUUGUGAUUUUGAAAAGUUUUGAUUGAUCGUUUUGUCAAUAAAUGUCAAGUACAUGUACCUAUACCGCAUAAUGUAACCCAAAUAAAAAGCAUAGGAUUAUAGUGUGUACGAAUCCAUUCUGACCUAUUUCUGUAUUUCACUCGUAGAUAAUCUUAGUUAGUACGUUACAGGUUUCAUUUACAUUGCUUGGUAUCAAUUCAAUUUUGAACAUUAAUUAACUAAUAAACUGGAUAAAGAAUAUUUUUUUUAAUUUUGUGAUACUUCAGUUUUUACCUUUUAAUCUUUAAAAAAAAAAUUAGGAAUCAUGUUAGGGAGGUAAGUUAUCAUUUUGUUGUUUUAUUUAUGAUGCUAUUUAUACUCUUUU